GCUGAAGCUCAGUCCGGCGCUCCCGGUCUCCAAAGUGCUGUGCUGCGUCGUGGGAGACAUGAGUCGUACAGCGGAGGAGCUCGUCCCGUCGCUUCUGGGCCUGUGGCUGCUGUUGUGCAGCUGGGUGUGCCCGGGGAGCACCGAACUGCAGGCCCCGCCAGAUAAGAUCGCGAUCAUUGGAGCUGGAAUUGGUGGCACUUCAGCAGCCUAUUAUCUGCGGCAGAAAUUUGGGAAAGAUGUGAAGAUUGACCUGUUUGAAAGAGGAGAGGUGGGGGGCCGUCUGGCCACCACUGCUAUACAGGGGCAAGAAUAUGAAGCAGGAGGUUCUGUCAUCCAUCCUCUGAAUCUACACAUGAAGCGUUUUGUCAAGGACCUGGGUCUCUCUACUGUUCAGAGUUCUGGUGGCCUAAUAGGAGUCUCUAAUGGAAAGACUCUGGUGUUUGAGGAGAGCAGCUGGUUUAUAAUUAAUAUAAUUAAACUAAUUUGGCAGUAUGGAUUUCAGCCCCUUCGAAUGCACAUGUGGGUAGAAGAUGUAUUAGACAAGUUUAUGAGGAUCUACCGCUACCAGUCUCAUGACUAUGCCUUCAGUAGUGUAGAAAACUUACUACAUUCUCUAGGAGGGGAUGACUUCCUUGGAAUGCUUAACCGAACAAUUCUUGAAACCUUGCAGAAAGCAGGCUUCUCUGAGAAAUUCCUUGAUGAAAUGAUUGUUCCCAUUAAUAGACUCAAUUAUGGCCAAGGCACAGGCAUCAAUAGCUUUGUAGGUGUAGUUUCACUAGCUGGUGCUGAUUCUGGCCUUUGGGCAGUAGAAGGUGGUAAUAAACUUGUUUGCUCAAGGCUCCUUCAGGCUUCCAGAAGCAACCUUAUAUCUGGCUCAGUAAUGUAUAUAGAGGAGAAAACAAGGACCAAGCAGACAGGAAACCCCACAAAGAUGUAUGAAAUAGUCUACCAAACUGGAUCUGAGACCCGUUCAGACUUUUAUGAUAUUGUCUUGGUGGCCACUCCAUUGAAUCGAAAAAUGUCUAAUAUAACUUUUCUCAACUUUGAUCCUCCAAUUGAGGAAUUCCAUCAAUACUAUCAACAAAUAGUGUCAACUUUUAUCAGGGGGAAGUUGAAUUCAACUAUUUUUAGCUCUAGAACCUUAGAUGAAUUUGGUCUCACUACAGUCUUAACCACUGAUAAAUCAGAUUUAUUUAUUAACAGCAUUGGGAUUGUGUCCUCUGUAAGAGAAAAUAAUAAUCCUCAAGCAUCAACAGGUGGAGCUUUUGUUUGGAAGAUCUUUUCCCGAGAAACUCUUACUAAAGAGCAAAUUUUAAAGCUCUUUGUGUCCUAUGAUUAUUCUGUGAAGCAGCAGUGGCUUGCAUAUCCUCACUAUAAGCCUCCAGAGAAGUGCCCCUCCAUCAUACUCCACGAUCGACUUUAUUACCUCAAUGGCAUAGAGUGUGCAGCAAGUGCCAUGGAAAUGAGUGCCAUUGCAGCCCACAAUGCCGCUCUCCUUGCCUAUCACCGCUGGUAUGAGCACACAGAUAUGAUUGACCAAGAGGACUUAUAUGAGAAACUGAAAACUGAACUAUGAGAUAACACUUUCAUUUUCCUCCCUUCUGGUUCCAAGUGGAAUAUCACUGGCAAAAAAGAACACAAUCUGAACAGAGAUGAUUUUGAAUCAGAUAUUUUGCCAUUAUCAUUGUUUAACGAGUAAUCCCAGUGAGUCAU